UUACUAAAAAUUCAUUCAAGUCAAGUGAGAGUAUUUUCGCAUAUUCAUAACUAAAAUAUUAUUUUAGAAGUACUCUCGGAUUUAUUCCAGUCAAAACUUCAAAACGACAUCUAGUAGCAGUCAUUCCAUGAAAAUAAGGAACUGUGGAAUUGGUUCUGAAUAUGAUAGAAAGGGAACAAAAAAAGAUGAAUAUAAACUGCAGAACUUCAAACAAUAAAAACGUAAAUAAGAGAAUUUUCAUAAUUAAUAAGGCUAAUGAUUGGCUCACUCGAAAUCCAGUACUGCCUAAUUCUACGAGCGUUCCGGGUUGAAAGCGAUCGCAGGGAUCCACUGGUUCUCUACAGGUUACGUCUUUCCCAAAUAAAUUACCCAUGUUCUUUUCCUCUCCGUUCCGACAUUUUGAACCAUCCAUCGGUCGUUGCAUGUGUGCUCGUCACUUAUAUCUCGUCUUUGAUUGACUGAACGCUUUUCCACAAAUCUGUGUUUUCCAUGCAUUGAAAAAGACUAACAAUUAAAUCUUAGGGGAUUGCUUGUUUAGCAUAAGUGCAGAUAUGACUGCUCUGGUUUCUUCAACAUCAGUUGAAUUGAGUUCCUAUAGAGAUCAACAUUUCAAGGGUUCCCGUGCUGAACAAGACAGGCUGCUUCGAAAUUCCACAACCCUUUACGUAGGGAAUCUUUCAUUUUUCACUACCGAGGAACAGAUCUACGAAUUAUUUUCAAAGUGCGGUGAUAUCAAAAGAAUUGUCAUGGGUUUAGAUAAAUAUAAAAAGACACCUUGUGGCUUCUGUUUCCUCGAGUAUUAUGUGAGAAUCGAUGCUGAAAAUUGUAUGAGGUAUAUUAAUGGUACGAGGCUCGACGACAGAAUAAUUCGAACUGAUUGGGAUGCUGGAUUUAUCGAAGGGAGACAGUAUGGACGAGGAAAAACUGGUGGACAAGUUCGUGACGAAUAUCGAUCUGAUUUCGAUGGUGGCAGAGGUGGUUAUGGAAAAAUUCUACAGCAAAAAGUCACUCCAAUGGGUGAAGGAGGUUUUACGCGAUAAAACAAAUCAAGUUUUGAUACACUAACGAAGCAACCAAGAGAGCUAACAUUCUUUCAGUUGAGGUUCUUACUGUACAUUUUUUAUUCGUUAGGUCACUUAGUUAAACUGAUCAUUUUUCUCCUAUGUUCCUCACUCAUUGAAGAUUAAAUUGAUAAUUAGAUACAUCCUACUAUCUGUUCAACUGACAACUGUAACUAACAAAACAAAAAUUAAACGGACAAUAUGUGAAAUCAAGUA